AUGUUGCAGAAACAGAACAACCUUGGCAGGUCAGUGAAGUACUACUUCGUGUACAUAUUGAGAUUUACCUGGCACAUUGCUUUUGAGUGCACUUUCGACCUUUUUGGAACUAUCUCUUAUAGAGAGGACACAAGCACUGCUGUACUGGAGCUAGUCACUGCAGCUAUUGACCAAUACUUCCCCAACAUAACUUUUGCUGCUACAUCAGCUUUUGUCGCGACCUGGGACAGUGUGCCUUACCAGAGUGGUGGAGGGGUGGCUACUUUCCAAGUGGUUUUUGUCUCCAAUGUCCAUCGCUCCUUCAUCCUCAUCAACUAUGGAGACAUUGGAGAGACAGAACAAAUGUGGCUGGCUGGUUACAACACAUUGGACUCUGUCCAUUCUUUCACAGUUCCAGUGACCAGCGCCCCAGAACUCUCAUCCAGCAGCAAUAUCAAUGUGAAUGGUCGCCGCUCUUUCCAUGUUGACGGCUCACCGAACUUGCCAACUAAUUUCCUCGCUUCUGGGGAUGGAGAAAUUAUCAACCCCCCUGCUGAGGACGGAAGCUCAGAUGUCAUUUUCUUGCAGCAGCCUUUCAAAUACUUUGGACGCACAUACAAUCAGAUCUUCGUGAACAACAACGGCUACCUAACGUUCACCGAGCCGCUGUCUGCCUACACCCCCUUUCUGGAAUCCGCAAGAGCCAUCAUUGCUCCUCUUUGGACUCGCCUUGACAAUCGACGUGGUGGAUCUAUCUCCUAUAGAAAGGAUACAAGCACUGCUGUACUGGCACAAGUCACUGCUGCUGUUAAGCAAUGCUUCCCCAACAUACCAUUUGCUGCUACAUCAGCUUUUGUGGCUACCUGGGACAGUGUACCGUACCAUAAUGGUGGAGGGGUGGUCACUUUCCAAGUGGUUUUAGCGUACAAUGUUCAUCGCUCUUUCAUCCUGAUCUAUUACGGAGAUGUUGCAGAAACAGAACAACCUUGGCAGGUCAGUGAAGUACUACUUCGUGUACAUAGUACAAAUGAU